AUGACGCUUUCCGCCCCCGCGAUCUCCGCGCCGGCGCUCCUCCGCACGCUGGCGCUCGCGCCAAGCGUCACGGCGCUUUCUCUGGAGGCGAACGCCGUCGAUUUCUACGACGACGAGUUUCUGUCUCGCCUGCUCUCCGCGCGCCCUCAGCUCGCCCGCCUCAGCAUCGCCGCCCCCCGCUUCACCGGAACGCCGCACUUUCGAAUCGGCACGAAAGCUGUCGAGAAUUUCUUCCGCCUCGCCUCGUCGCGCCUGCAAGAGCUCUCGCUGCGCGAAUGCUUCGGCCACACGACGAAGCUUCCUGCUUCCGUCGCGUCGCUGUCGUCGCUGCGCGUGUUCCGCCUGUGCAGUAAGGUUCUCCGCUCGCUGUCCGGCGAAAUAUUCCGCCUGUCUGCCCUGCAGGAACUUUAUCUAAACUGCCCGUUGCUGCAGCAGCUGCCCGAAACUUUCGGCCGGGUAACAAGGCUGGAGCACCUUUCGUUUACGGACUGCAAGGACAUGCGGCGCCUGCCGGACUCGCUCGGCGAUCUCUCCUCGCUCACCUCUCUCCACAUCGACGGCUCGUGGCACGUAGAUCGCUUCCCGCCUCGCGUCGGCGCGCUGCAGCAGAUGCGGCGACUGGAGCUGCGAAACUUCACCGGCGCGUUACCAGACGCAUGCGAAGAGUGGGCGAAACUCGAGCAGACGCUCCCACCCAACCUGCCCUUCGCAUCCGCACUGCACCAUCUAACGAUCAACUAUCUCAACUUCGAAGUGUCCCUCGGACCGCUAAGCGAUCUAGUCUCUUUGGAGCGAUUAGAGGUCUCAAGUGUCGACCGCGAGGAGAGCUUUCCCGCAGCGCUCUUCGCGUUGCCAUCGCUUGCGUAUGUGAAAGCGGGGUACGUGUGGUGGGUGGAAGCUGACGAGGUAGUGGCUAUGGAGGAGUCGAGGGAGCUAACCGCACUCCCGAGGGAGCUAACCGCACUCCCUAAUGCUGAUAGACACGUGGCACUGAACCAUCCCGCUGGUGCUGCCGCAGCAGCAGGUUCAGCAGAUGAUACCGCCGACCAAUCAGCACUCGGCCCGUCUCUGAAGCAUUUCAGCAUCUGCAUGGGCACUGCCGGGCCCGGCAGGCGAGGCGGCAGGCUCUCCGCGCGUGUGUGCUCGCUGCUCUCCCUCACGCACCUCUCCAUCGACUGCCUCUCUUCCUCCGCCCUCCUGCCCUCCAACCUCGGUCAUCUCUCCAACCUGCGCUCGCUCUCGCUGCGUGGCACCUGGCUCUGCCUGCCGCACUCCCUCUCUCGCCUCGCCCCGUGCCUGCACUCGCUGAAACUUCACUACAGCGGCGACAGGAGCGGGGAUUCCUUCCAGUGCUCUCUCCCUUCCUUUCUCACGGAUCUCACCUCCCUCACGCACCUUUACCUCCGCAACAUGCACGCUCCCUCCUCCCCCCCGCCCUCCUUUGCGCCCCUGCGCGCCCGCAUGGAGCAGGACAGCUGCUUCCCCGGCCACAUGUCACUUCCAGAAGAUCUGGGCCAGCUGGCAGCGUUGGAGUGGCUGGAGCUGAGAGGCUGCUGCUUGAGAGACAGCCUUCCGCGGUCCUUCUGUGACGUGACCUCCCUGCGACGCCUCUUCAUUGGUAGCAAAUCCCUAAAGCAUCUGCCCACGGCGAUCUCUAAGCUGUCGCGCCUGGAAGAGCUCACUAUUCACUGGUGCCACAGCCUGGAAUCCCUGCCUUCGGGAUUUGGCAGCUUGGGAGCACUGAAGAAGCUGAAUAUCCGCGGUGUGUCGAAGGAUUAUCUUCCCGACACCCUUGGCGGCUUAUCCUCCCUCGAGGAGGUUUCGUUGGCUCUUUGCUCUCACAGUUUCAGCCUGCCUCGCUCCUUCUGCCACCUCCCUCGCCUGCUCACGCUUACUCUCACCAGCUGUGAUGAUCUCACCACCCUGCCUGCCAACUUCGGCUCGCUAUGCUCCCUGCAGCGCCUCUCUGUCGUCUCGUGCAAAAAGUUCCACCAUCUGCCAGACUCGUUCUCCGGCCUUCCCUCCCUGACCCUUCUCAGCAUCUCCAACUGCCCGGAUUUCUCCUCCCUUCCUGAGACCUUUGGUUCGUUGCCCCGCCUAACUCGCCUCAUUGUUGUUGAAUGUGACUCAUUUACCCACCUUCCCGGUUCCUUCUCCUCCCUGUCUGCGCUCCGAGUGGCCUGCUUCAGCCUCUGCAAGCAGCUGCACUCCCUCCCGCCCACCCUUGGCCUGCUGCCUCGCUUAGAAGUGCUUCAAUUGAGGGAGUGCGUGGCACUCAAGUCGCUACCAGAAUCGCUGAGGGAGGUGAGGGCACUGAGGCACGUGGAUGUGUAUGGUAGUGGUGUGUCGGAGGAAGGGGUGGAGGUGCGCGUUUGUGGAAAACAAGUGCAUGUUGUGAGGGGGGGGAUGGGACUUCCCAAGCAUGUGGGGACAAAGGACAAGGGGAGGAAGGGGAGAGGAUGA